AUGCUGCCGAAUAACGAGGUUCGCGUGCCCCGUCCGCGGAUUGGGCAGCCCGCAGUCCCGCGCGACAUCACCGCUGAAUUUACGGCCGCCGCGUCGAAAUUGAACACAGGGCAACUCGUUAAAGAUGAGACGUUCACGCUAUUCGAGGCCGUGGGCGCAUUGGAGAUUAUGGAUUCGAAAAUGGACAGUGGCUACAUAGCCCCCGGGGAAAAUCUCGAGCAGGCUCUCGAAGACGACUACGAUGUUCGAAAGCCAUUGACACCAGAAGAAAUAGUGGGCUUGAUGGACCAGCUGCUGUGCCAUGAGGUUGGAGACACCGUGGCAUGGCACAAGGGACAUCCUCUCUCGCAAACGCUAUUUACAUCAAUUUACCUUGACAGGUUAUUGUGGCCAGUGCCGAGGACUAUUGAGGAUGCGCGGUUUGACCGUGUGCCGAGCGAGUCGCCUCUGGUCAGCCUUGUCCUGCGAGCUUAUUGUCUCUCACUGGUCAAGGCAUGCGAUCUCGUCCAUGCCCGAGUGGCUACCGAAUACUACUACGAGGAAGAGGAUUUUGUCAGCCAAUUAUACAACCGAAAUUUGCUUUCUGCAAUCCAUAUCUCCCGCUUUCACGAACUGCUGGAUCAGGCGACCGCCUGGCUCGCCGAACAGGCUGAUAUUGACCAGAAGCUCAAAGAUGCUAUCCGCUGUAGACUUGCAUUCCGACAUGGGUUCCUAUCUGCGUUAGAUCAGGACCUAGAAGUCCUUGAAACCAGAGAUACACACAAUUUCGAGUCGUGUCUGUCGGAACUCGGACCUUUAACAGAGUCGGUCUCUCUGGGGAAGCCAAUUCCAGAGGCUUUCAGCUUGAAAAUUCAGCGGAAGCUGGCUAGCACUGUGCCCCCUCGCCCGAUGGUUAAUAUUAGCUGCGAUGAUGCACUGGCACAUCUCAAACGGCUGUGUCAAGACGCGAUAGACAUGCAGCAGAUGCUUGACUAUACCGGCCCAAGCAACUUUAAGACCGCUGUCUGGACUCUACUUUCUCGAAAACCUCAACCGUCAAUCUACAUCCGCUGCCUCCUCCAGGCAUUGAUCGUUAGUAAUUAUAACAUCCUUGGGACUGUUCCUGUCAAAGACUUCUUAUUUGGAGAGUUGGCGGAACUGGUGCUACCUGCCAGCAUAUUGCUCGAAGCGAAUACGGAUGAUGUGGAAGUCCCGUCUGAUCCCCGGUUUCAAAUUGCGCUGAAGAUGGAUGGCUUCAUGAAGCGAUUCUCUCAGCCAUUUGUCGAUACGGUGCGAUGCGCUUGUCUGAAUCGCUGUCGCCUCCGCCGCACACUCUGCCAUACUAUUCUUGAUUGGGACAAUCUGCAGAUGGAAGCCGAAGAACUCGAUCUUGAGCUUCGCACGUUGAGCGCAGAGCCGCCACUACAAUUCCAAGGGGGUGAACCAACUUGGUCUUUCCCUCUCAGCAGCUGGGCCUAUCAUCAAAAGCUGGUCCAAUUCCGACUCAUUCUUCAGAUGGGCUUCGAGCUUUCCAUUUACGCCCCUGAGGAACUCCCGGGGAUGUAUUGGUACCUGUCUCACAUUUGCUCCACACACCUUGGUCACAUUGACCGCAUUCGCACGUUCACAGUAGCCGCGCGAAAGCGAGAUCUGAUGUCUGCUGGCUCCCGGUCAGGGAAUUCUGCUCAGAAAGCAUCUGCGUUCCACCGAUCAUUCCACGCCUUGGACAGACUCACGACGCACAUCAGUGCAAUCGAUGCCUUUGCGAUUGCUCUCCACGCACUGUACGUGGUACUGACUCGACACAAAAUUCUCCCAUUGGCCUCUUCCCCUCAAGCGUAUUCUACCGAUAGACUACGAUAUGAGAUUCGCAUGAAGCCAUUUAUCCCUAUCACUCUACCCGAGUUGGUGCCCUUUGAAGAAUAUCAGCGCGAGGCUGCGCUCGAGGGUGACUCUGAUACCGCCAUCCUGGAACGUGCCUCCAAGGCAGUCACAGAGGCGCGAAAGGCUUGGGAGGCAACGCUUGCCAAUGGGGCCUUCAUUGAGGACCCGUCGGAUACAGCCUCGGCUUCACCCAAAGCAAUCAAAGAUGAUUGGAACCGCGAUGCAAAGGACACCAUGCGUGCCUGCAUCGGAACCAGUCUGGCUAUUGAGGUGGUCAAAAAGGCUCUGGCGGCCUCUGGUGAUGACAAGCCUCUCAACUUGGAGGUGAAGGUCCCCGAGGUUGGUAACAAAGCUCGCUGGCAUGACUGGUGGGCGGUGCCGCAGGUCUCUGAGAAGAAGUCCCAGGCUUGA